ACUGUUUCUGCUCAGGAGGAUGAAGAUAUUGAAGCCUCCAAUGAGGAAGAGAAUCCAGAAGACAGCGAAGUUGAAGCUGUCAAGCCCGGGGAAGACAGCACUGAAAAUGCUCCAUCGCGAGGAAACCCUGAGCCCGUGGCUGAGCUCGAGUCCUGCACUGAGACAGCUGCACCUGGUGCAUCUCCUUCCUCAGCAGCUCCAAGCACAAAACCCGCUGAGAAUGAAAGUGUGGAGACCCAGACGAACGACACCGUCAGCACUGAGACGGCAGAGCCGAUGGACACAGACCAUCAGGAACGCAGCACUGAAGCAGCUUCUACUCUUGAUACCCCAACCACUACCAAAGCAGAUGUGGAUGCUGAAAUUAGGGUGCCAGAAAACAAUGCUUCUAAAGUGGAAGGUGAUACCAAAGAAAGAGACUUGGAGAGAGCCAGUGAAAAGACGGAGCCUAGAGAUGAAGACUUGGGGGUGGCCCAGCAGAUAGAUGCCCAGCAGCCCGAGCCCCAGUCAGACAAUGAUUCCAGUGCCACAUGCAGUGCUGAUGAAGAUGUGGAUGGAGAGCCAGAGAGGCAAAGAAUAUUUCCUCUGGAUUCAAAGCCUUCAUUAUUAAACCCCACUGGAUCUAUAUUGGUCUCCUCUCCAAUAAAACCAAAUCCGUUAGACUUGCCUCAGCUUCAGCAUCGAGCUGCUGUUAUCCCACCAAUGGUUUCCUGCACCCUAUGUAAUAUACCAAUUGGAACCCCAGUGAGUGGCUAUGCUCUCUACCAGCGACACAUUAAAGCGAUGCAUGAGUCAGCACUGCUGGAGGAACAGCGGCAGAGGCAGGAGCAGAUGGAUUUGGAGUGCAGAAGUUCUACCAGUCCAUGUGGUGCUGCCAAAAGUCCAAACAGAGAGUGGGAAGUCCUCCAGCCUGCUCCCCAUCAAGUGAUAACUAAUCUUCCUGAAGGGGUUCGGCUUCCAACAACUCGACCAACCAGGCCGCCACCACCCCUCAUCCCAUCGUCCAAAACCACAGUGGCUUCCAAAAAACCGUCUUUCAUCAUGGGAGGCUCCAUCUCACAGGGAACGCCUGGCACGUAUCUGACAUCUCAUAAUCAGGCUGCCUAUGCUCAAGAGGCAGCUAAGCCCUCGGUGGGAUCCAUCUCUCUUGGACUGCCACGGCAACAGGAGUCCUCCAAAUCAGCUGCUUUGCCCUACAUCAAGCAGGAAGAAUUUUCUCUGCGAAGCCAAAAUUCCCAACCUGAGGGUUUAUUGGUCAGGGCCCAGCAUGAAGGUGUGGUCAGAGGUACCACAGGAGCCAUCCAAGAGGGAAGUAUAACUCGGGGAACUCCAACCAGCAAAGUCUCAGUGGAGAGCAUCUCAUCCCUGCGGGGCUCCAUCACUCAGGGUACCCCGGCUCUGUCCCAGGCUGGCAUACCAACCGAGGCGCUGGUGAAGGGAUCCAUUUCUCGAAUGCCCAUUGAAGAGAGCAGUCCUGAGAAAGGCAGAGAAGAAGCUGCAUCCAAAGGCCAUGUUAUUUAUGAAGGCAAAAGUGGUGGACAUAUCUUAUCCUAUGAUAAUAUUAAGAAUGCCCGAGAGGGGACUAGGAGUCCAAGAACAGCUCAUGAAAUCAGUUUAAAAAGAAGCUAUGAAUCAGUGGAAGGAAAUAUAAAGCAAGGAAUGUCAACGAGGGAGUCUCCUGUAUCAGCACCGUUAGAGAGGCUGAUAUGCCGAGCAUUACCCAGAGGGAGCCCUCAUUCUGACCUCAAAGAAAGGACUGUGCUGUCUGGCUCCAUAAUGCAAGGCACACCAAGAGCAACAACUGAAAGCUUUGAAGAUGGCCUUAAAUAUCCCAAACAAAUUAAAAGGGAAAGUCCUCCCAUAAGAGCAUUUGAAGGAGCCAUUACCAAAGGCAAACCAUAUGAUGGCAUCACCACCAUCAAGGAGAUGGGGCGUUCCAUUCACAAGAUCCCAUGGCAAGAUAUUUUAACUCAGGAGAGCCGGAAGACUCCAGAAGUAGUCCAGAGCACGAGGCCCAUAAUUGAAGGUUCCAUUUCCCAGGGCACACCAAUAAAGUUUGACAGCAACUCAGGUCAAUCUGCCAUCAAACACAAUGUCAAAUCUUUGAUCACGGGGCCUAGUAAACUACCCCGUGGAAUGCCUCGGUUGGAGAUUGUGCCAGAGAACAUAAAAGUGGUGGAACGGGCAAAAUACGAAGACGUAAAGACAGGCGAGCCAGUGCGUUCCCGGCACACAUCCGUGGUGAGCUCGGGCCCCUCCGUUCUCAGGUCCACACUUCACGAAGCUCCCAAAGCACAGCUGAGCCCGGGCAUUUAUGACGACACCAGUGCUCGGAGGACUCCCGUGAGUUACCAGAACACCAUGUCCAGAGGCUCACCCAUGAUGAGCAGAGCUUCCGAUGUUACAAUUUCUUCUAGCAAGUCUACCAAUCAUGAAAGGAAAUCCACACUGAUUCCUACCCAAAGGGAAAGUAUACCAGCGAAGUCUCCAGUGCCUGGGGUGGACCCUGUUGUGAGCCACAGCCCAUUUGACCCCCAUCACAGGGGCAGCACGGCAGGAGAGGUCUACCGGAGCCAUCUGCCCACGCAUUUGGACCUAACUUUUAUUUCUAUUCAACAUUUUGUUUGGUCAUCACUGUAA